UUUUUCUUUUCUUUUUUUUCUUUUCUCUCUUCUUUCCAUUUUAAACACAAGAAAUGAAAAUACAUGCAUUACUUUUACUUCUUCUUCAUGGCGUGACAUGUUUUCAACGCGAUUAUAACAACCGAUUGUACUAUACUGUGAAAACUACAAACCCCAACAUUGCUCAACUAGCAGCGACGCUGGAUGCGCGUUACGAAGGCCAAGUGGGCGAAUUAAAGCAACACCAUUGGAUCAGCAUCCCCAAAUCCUCACCUCAUAUCACUCGUCGAUUUCAUAAACGAGAUAUGUUACUUUCACCUCAAAUUCCUUCCCGUCAUCGUCUUUUCAAACGUGCCCCACCACCGCCGACAGCGCCGGUACUUGAAAACACAGAGGAAGAAUAUAAAUUAAACAAUCAGACACCACCACUGAACUUACCGUUAUUGACAGAUACAGAUGGAUACGCACGCAUCAAGACGAUCUUGAAUAUCACGGAUCCUGGCUUUGAUCAACAAUGGCAUUUAUUAAAUCGGAACGAGAUGGGACAUGAUGUCAAUGUGACAGGAGUGUGGAGUCAAGGUAUCACUGGUAAAAAUGUCAUUGUUGCUAUUCUGGAUGAUGGAUUGGAUAUGGAUCACCCAGACCUCCAUGACAACUACUUUGCCGAGGGUUCGUAUGAUUUUAAUAAUCAUGUAAAGGACCCACGUCCUCGUUUACAAGAUGAUACACAUGGCACACGUUGCGCUGGAGAAAUUGCAGCUGUCAAGAACGAUAUCUGUGGGCUGGGUGUAGCCUACGAAGCCAAAGUCUCUGGAAUUCGAAUUCUUUCAGGUGAGAUCACUGAAGCGGAUGAAGCGGCUGCUUUAAAUUAUGCCUACCAAGAAAAUCACAUCUACAGCUGUUCCUGGGGUCCACCGGAUUUAGGCGAAGUAGCAGAGGCUCCUCAGGGAAUUCUACUGGACGCUAUUCAAAAUGGAAUUGACAACGGUCGCAAUGGAACAGGAUCUAUCUAUGUCUUUGCAUCGGGUAAUGGUGGAGCCAAUGAUGACAAUUGUAAUUUUGAUGGCUAUACCAAUAGUAUCUUUACGAUUACGGUUGGUGCGGUGGAUAAAAUGGGCAAUCAUCCUUAUUACUCUGAGAAAUGUGCUGCUCAGCUUGUCGUCACUUAUUCCAGCGGUAGUGGAGGCUAUAUUUAUACAACAGACGUAGGAGAGAAUCAAUGCUCGGAACGCCACGGAGGUACAAGUGCUGCAGCCCCUUUAGCAGCUGGCGUAUUUGCCCUUGUUCUAUCGGUACGACCUGAUCUCACUUGGCGUGAUCUGCAACACCUUUGUGUUCAAUCUGCUAUUCCCAUCUCCUUGGACGAUGAUGAUUGGUCUGUUUUACCUUCAGGACGUCAAUUCAAUCAUAAAUAUGGCUAUGGUAUCCUAGACGCUUACCGUAUUGUGGAGUUGGCAAAAGGAUUUCGAUCUGUACGAGCACAAACACAUCUUUCCAUUACAUCAGAGAUUGAUGUCGAUAAUACCCCAUUGUCCAUACAAGAUAUAACACCAGUUGCUAACAAUAGUAUAGAUCCUUCCACCGCAUUCACAAGUACAUUAACUGUGACGAAGGAAAAUAUACAAAAGCAUGGAUUGAGUCGGUUAGAACAUGUGACGGUGACAGUGAAUAUCGAGCAUCAACGAAGAGGCGAUCUUGAGAUAUUGGUGGAGAGUCCGAACGGAGUGUCAAGUCAAUUGGGCACACCACGUAAAUAUGAUACCAGUAGUGAUGGUUUGAUCAACUGGACGUUUAUGACGGUAAAGCAUUGGGAGGAGAGUCCGGUGGGGAAUUGGACGUUGCGUGUGGUGGAUGGACGUAAUCCAGAAUACCGUGGACAGUUUGUUGACUGGACAUUAACGUUAUGGGGAGAAUCAGAGAUUGGAUUCUUCGUAGAGAAUAAGACCGAGCAUGAAAAGAAUGGGACAAGAAAGGAACCUACACAAUCCUUUAUGGAUACAACGAAUGAGGAUGAAAAGGAAGAAGGAUCAUUUGGAUUGUAUGGAUUGGUGUCUGUGUUUAUGUUGUUUAGUUUGGCUAGUACUGCUUAUGUUGUAAAGAAGUACAUGUUGGGUACACAUCAGUAUGUAAAACCUACAGAAGAAGAUACCUAUGAGUUUGAUAAUUUAUUGACGCAGGAAGAAAGUGAUGAAGAUUAAAAACCUGUGUGUGUGUGUGUGUGUGUGUGACGGAAUGUGAAACAGUGCUCUUCUGUUUUUUAAAAAAAUAAAAAAUAAAAAUAAAACCCC